GGGGGCCGGGGGGGGCCGGGGGGGGAUACUUCUCGCGAGGUUUGGGGGUGAGUGCGAGAGCAGCGCCUGAGGAGCGGGCUGGGCAGGGAGCGGCUGAGGCAGCAGCGGGCGCAUCUCUACAUUGCUGAGACACUGGAUACUGGUUUCUUUAUAGCAAGGAAAAUCUAAAUUCCUUCAACUCUCAGGAUGGGGAAGGAUUAUUAUUCUAUUCUGGGAAUUGAAAAAGGGGCUUCUGAUGAGGAUAUCAAAAAGGCUUACAGAAAACAAGCCCUUAAAUGGCAUCCAGAUAAGAACAAAUCUCCCCACGCAGAGGAAAAAUUCAAAGAGAUUGCAGAAGCUUAUGAAGUGCUGAGUGAUCCCAAAAAGAGAGACAUUUAUGAUCAGUUUGGAGAAGAAGGUCUGAAGGGAGGAGCUGGAGGACCUGAUGGACAGGGUGGUACUUUCCGAUACUCCUUCCAUGGUGACCCACAUGCUACAUUUGCGGCUUUCUUUGGUGGCACGAAUCCUUUUGAGAUCUUCUUUGGAAGGAGGAUGCCUGGUGGCAGAGAUACUGAAGACAUGGAGGUGGAUGGUGAUCCAUUUGGAUCCUUUACCAGCUUCAGUAUGAAUGGUUUUCCAAGGGAAAGGAAUACAGUUGGUAGCCAAUUACGUCGUAAACAAGAUCCACCUGUAAUUCAUGAACUUAAGGUGUCAUUGGAAGAAAUAUAUCAUGGCUGCACAAAAAGGAUGAGGAUUUCACGUAAAAGGCUGAACCCAGAUGGUAGAAGUGUCCGAACAGAGGACAAAAUUCUCACUAUUGAGAUAAAAAGAGGAUGGAAGGAGGGCACUAAAAUUACUUUUCCAAAAGAAGGUGAUGAAACACCAAACACAAUUCCAGCUGACAUUGUUUUCAUCAUUAAAGAUAAACCUCACUCGCAUUUCAAGAGAGAUGGAUCAAAUAUUAUCUAUCCUGUUAAGAUCAGCUUAAGGGAGGCCUUGUGUGGCAGCUCUAUCAACGUGCCAACGAUAGAAGGAAGAACCAUACCCAUGACAGUAAAUGAAGUUGUAAAGCCUGGGAUGAGACGAAGAAUUAUAGGAUAUGGUUUGCCAUUUCCCAAAAAUCCUGACCAACGUGGAGACUUAAUUAUAGAGUUUGAAGUAGUUUUCCCAGAUAACAUUUCUCCAGCAUCAAAAGAAGUACUUAGGCGAAAUCUUCCAGUUUCAUAAAAUGAAGACUAUGUCAACUGUUUAAACAGGACACUGGAAAUGCAGAAGACUGGCAAGUCUGUGCUUUAAAAGUGCAAUCUGUAACAACUAGUGGAAUAUUUGUUUUUUGUUUCUGGGAUGGGUGGGGGGAAGUACUGUAAUGCUGCAUGAGAAGAAAAGGGUUAAGUACAAGUCACAGAUGACUUCUGCAGUAUAAUUUACAGGGAAAACCACUCAUUUUAUUUUAGAUCUUCCUAAUCAGAAAAGUUUAUUCAGUAUUUUGCUUAAUGUAAAGUGUAGUCAGUUUUUACAAAGUCAAUGCAUACUUCUGAUGAAGUACUUGAGCCUCCGAGUACUUUAUUUCAUAAUAUCCCUACUGUAUCUAUAACAUUACCUGUUUAUAUGGAAAUCGGACAUAGUAGUAGAAAUACACACAUGCACAAGUAUUUUAAAUUGCAAAAUAUAAAAGAUAAUAUUUUGUUAUGUUGCCUUCCACUGCACAAAGCAUAGACGGGGAAAAUCCGCUUGGCCUCCUGAACUACCCCCCAGUGAAGUGAAAAAAAUCUUUAUUGCCCAAGAACGUGAGAGGACUACAUUGUAAGCUGAGCUAAGAGUGUGUAGCUUGAAGAGAAAGUAGCCAUUUGCAAUGGGAUAGUUCCUCAGGCUACAGGCAGAACAGCAAGAAAGGAUUCUACAAGUACAUAAACAGCAAAUGUGGGCCUGCUGUCAGAUGCAGCAGGGAUACUGGGUAAUAAACAACAUGGCUAAGGCUGAGGUACUCAGUGCCUUCUUUGCCUCAGCCUUUAAUAGUAAAAUCAGGCUUCAGGAAUCCCAGGCCCCUGAGACUUAGAUGGGAAGCCUGGAACAAGGAAGAGCUACCCUCAGUGGUGGUGAACUGGGGAAGGGUGCUCUUAAACUGGAUGUACAGAAAUUCAUGAGGCCUGACAGGUUGCACCCAGAAGUGCCGAGGGAGCUGGCUAAUACCAUUGCAAGGCCUCUCUUAAUUAUCUUUGGUUGUAGAAUUUGGGAAAGGUUCCUGUAGAAUGGGAGAGAGCAAACAUCACUCCUAUUUUCAAGAAGAACAAGAAAGAAGAUAGCUGAUCUACAGGCCAGUCAGCUUCACCUCAGUUCCUGGAAAGGUGAUAGAGAAAAUCCACUUGGAAAGCAUUUCAAAAUGCAUGAAGGACAAGGAGGUCCAUAGUCAACAUAGAUUUACAAAGGGGAAAUCACGCUUGACCAACUUUAUAGGCAAACUGGCAAAGUACAGGUUAGAUAAGUGGACAUUAGAGUUGGAAUAAAAACAGGCUGAAGGAAUGGGUGCAGCGGGUUGCAAUCAGUAGCACAAGGUCUACUUGAAGGUUAGUCACUAGUGGUAUACUCCAGGGCUCAAUACUGAAGCCAAUACUAUUCAACACUUUCAUUAAAGGCCUGGAUAAGGGGAUGGAAUGCACCCUCAGCAAACUUGCAGAUCACACAGAACCGGGAGGAGUAGCUGAUAUCACUGUAUGAUUGUGCUGCUAUGCAGAGGGGCUUUGACAGAGCAGUGAGCUGGACAUAGAAGAAAGUUCAGUGAGGAAGAAAAAGUCCUGAUCCCUGAGGGUUAAGUCCAGGCACCAGCACACCCUGGGAGCUGAAGGACUGGAAAACAGACUUGCUGAGAAAAGACUGAGGUCCUGACAGACAACAAACUGACCAUGAGCCAGCAACGUGUCUUUGCAUCAGAUAAGGCCAAUGGUAUCUUGAGCUGCACUAGAAAGCUUUGUCUGCAGGUCAAGGGAGGUGAUCCUUCCUCUUUACUCCUCAGUGAUGAGACUGCAUUUGGAAUACUGUGUCUGGUUGUGGGCUCCCCAGCAGAAGAAAGAUACUGACUGGCUGGAGUGAGUCUGUGAGAGGCUGAGAGAGCUGGAACUCAGCCUGGAGAAGAGAAGGCUUCAGGGGAUAACUACCUUAAAGGAGGGAAUGAAGACAGGGAGCCAGACUUCGCAGUAGCACCCUGUAACAGGGCAAGAGACAGUGGACGCAAACUAAAGCACAGGAAUUUAUAUCUGAGCACAAGGAAGCACUUGGUUUUUACUCUGAGGGUGGUCAAACACCAGAACAGGUUGCCCAGAGAUGUUGUGGAGUCUCCAUCCAUGGAGAUACUCAGAACCCAACUGGACAUAGUGCUGGUCAACCUGCUUUAGGUGGUCAUGCUUGAGUAGGGGUAUUGGGCUAGAUGAUCCCCAAGACAUUGCUUCCAACCUAAAGGAUUCUGUGAACUUUGACGUAGCAGUUUUCACAAGACAGUGUUAAGGACCACGUUUUGCAAAUGAGGCUUAGCCCAAAGAUGGGUGAUGCUGAUGUGAUAGCUGAAAUCCAUAGGAAGUAGGUCGUUAAUGGAGUGGAAAGAUGCACAAAGAACACUGUAGAAGUGCACUGUAGUACAGGUGUUUAAAAGAUCAUGCUGAUCUCAAGUAUGCAUUAUUUUCAAAGACUGAACUUAACUCCAACAAUGAAGAAAAAGCCCAGGUACUACCUAAAGAAAAGUCUGCCUAAGAAAAAAUAGGAUAGGGGUUGCCCAUAAACUUUUUAUGUGAUUGCAUUGAUUCUUUUUUUGAAUGCAAAUAUUAUUUACUUGUUUUUAGAGUUGAAAGGCGCAUAGGGAAAGAGAGCCCACUGUAAUAGUCUAGUUUUAUAAUAUAGUACUAGGGCUGGUUCCCUUGACUGUGGCUUGAUUUUGGUGGAAGAAAUGCCUUGCAGAUGUUCUCAUUACUUGAGUUUAAAACCUUAACACAGUGCUUUAGCAACAAUUUCAAAAAUUUUUCUUCAUAAGAAGAAAGAACUUAGAAUUUGCUGUUAGCCUUUGCCUGUGGAAAUUCAGUAGUUACCUGCUCUGCUAGGUAGCUUAAAAAAUAGCAGUGUUAUCUUCAUAUAAGUGAUUUUCUGUGGAAAAGUAAAUCAUAUAGAAGUUGGGAAUUAAUUACAAUAGCUUUUUAACAAGCACAGAGAAUCCCAUUUUUUGUUACUCAAAGGACUAGAACUUCUGAGAGAUGCUGUUUGAGUCAACUUUUCAACUGCUGAUCUCUUUGUAUAUUGUCUGUUGUAUUCCUAGAUCUACAAGGAGCUGAACAAAUGCUGGAGCAGUAUCACAAAGGGAAAAACUUGUUGCUUAGUGCUUAUGCAUAGUGUUAAUGCUAUAUAUUGUUUGUUUUUUUUUUUUUUUUAAAAAAAACACAGUGUGUUCUGUAUUGCAUUUCUUAUGUGGUUUUUAAGUAAAAAGUGUAAACUUGUUUUUUAAUUUCCUUUUCAUCUUUUGUUAUGAUGGCAGAUGCGAAAAGCAACUU